AUGUCUCAAUAUUCCAGUCAUUUCGCAAGCCUACUUUCUGAGCUGACGCUUGAGGAGAAAGUGACACUAAUUUCGGGUCGCGACUUCUCCGCAGUAGCCGGUGUCGCACGUCUGGGCAUACCUCCCCUCCGCGUUGCUGAAUCCACAUGUGGUACCGGACCGGGCGGACAGGAGGCUCAUUUUGUGGGGAAUGAUGCAGAAACCCUACGACAUUACUACGAUGUGAAGGAAAAGGUGAACGGCAGGCCGCUUAGAGAAAUUUACCUGGCCGCAUGGUAUGGGCAUGCCAAGCUUUACCAGGAUGUCCUGCGCGGCGACUGCAAUUUCAAAGGCAUUGUCAUAUCCGACUGGUUUGCCGUACACGAUGCUGUUGCACCUAUCAAAGCCGGUCUUGACCUCGAGAUGCCUUUACCCGUGUUCCGUGGUGUGCAAUUGGUUGGGAAGGUAAAAGCGGGUGAGGUUUUUGAAGCAGAAACCAACGCUCAGGCCCUCAAGAUGCUUGAAUUAAGAGACCGCACAAGGGCGUGUCAUAGCGAGGAACUAGAGCGUUCAGUGAUUUCAGAAGCAACCGGUGAUCUCGCUCGCUCCAUUGCAUGUAGCAGUAUGGUACUACUAGAAAACGAAAACUGUACGCUGCCAGUUGCAACCAGCAGCACGGUCGCACUCGUCGGCGAGUUCGCAAAAGAUCCCGGUGUCCGGACUCGCUGUAUUAUUCCAAUGGUAUCCAAAGAACAAACUUGGGCAAAGAGUGGCACACCUGGCGUCGACAUAGCUUACCACAAUAACGAUUCACCAGAAAAAACAUUGAUGAUGGAUGGUAAAGAGAUCGCUCCAGGUCCUGCUAUACUCAUAACAAUGGAGCAAUUUAUAUUUAACCACAUUCUCCUCGAGGUCUGGACACAGAUUUCAACGCAGACACAGACUGCGUACAGAAUUGAGUUCAUCAUGCAAGGGCCAGAAAAGCUUAGCAUUGGCGAGCCAACGCCCUAUGCUGCUGCAUUCUGUUUCGAGGAGGUGAUUGACCACGCCGAUGCCGUUCUUUUAGCGCACUUCCCAGGUCAAGAAGACGCAUGUGCCGCAGCAGAUUUGUUGACAGGGUGUGUUUCUCCAAGCGGCAAAUUUGCAACAACGUGGUUCAAGACGCUGUUUCCAUUCGGUUACGGGUUGACUUACAGAUCUUUUGUGUACAGAGGCUUUGAGGUGUCAAUUGAUGAUAGCACACACGAUCCUGAACCUGAGUUCUCUGUUUCUACGAAGGACAUUGGAAAAAGGGUAGCCAAGGAUGUCGUACAAGUAUAUAUCACACCCCCUUCGAACCGGAUCCCUUGGAGACCAGAGAUGGAGCUCAAAGGUUUCGCCAGGACUAGAUUGUUGGCGCCUGGAGAAGAAGUGACUACCAUCAUCUCCAUCCGGCUAGAUAUGGCCUUUAGCUAUUGGGAUGAGGUAGAAACAGGGUGGGGAAUAGAGCCAGGAACGAGCUUCGAGAUUAGUAAAGGCAAGAUUUGGAAUCAUUUGUAG